AUUGACCAAAUCCCGCGAUCAACGUUUCUCCAUAACGGCGAUAAUGACACGUAUGUCAUUGGUUAUAAAAACUACAUGAAGAGUCUGUUGGUGGAAUUAAAUGUCAACGAAACAGUUGCUGAUAAUUUUGUGGAAGAUGUAUUUGAAUUCGAGCGUCAGUUGAAUAGUUUUUUCAUAUUAGACAAUUUGAAUACAUUCUAUGAAGAAAUGGAGGAAAUCGACGAAAACAGUGAGGUUAUAUGUUAUGGACCUGAUUAUCUUGAACUCGCCAACGAACUUGUAAAUGUCACUUCGGAUCGUAUACUGCAUAACUUUAUGAUGUGGAAGCUGUUAGACUCCGUGGCAUAUUAUCUAUCGGAUCCAUUCAGAGACCAAUAUACCAAGUUUCACAAUCUACUUGACGGGAAAAGUGGAAAAAGAGAAAGAUGGAAGGAAUGUCAAGAUGAAUGUAACAUCGUGUUCGACAUGGCUGUCGGAGCAAUGUUUGUAAGGGAAGCUUUCUCCGAAGACGACAAAGCAGAAGUAGAAGUUAUGAUACAAGAUAUUAAGGAUGCUUACAUUGAUGAACUACCAAAUAUAGAUUGGAUGGACGACGAGUCGAGGAGUAAGGCAGAGGCGAAGGCGAAAUUGAUGGGAUAUGAAAUAGGAUAUCCAGAUUACAUUCUUAACACAACGGAGUUAGAUGCGAGAUGGGAAGGGUUUGAAGUGAACCGCACCCAAUUCUUCGUUAAUCGAAUGUCUUUUCAUCGACACCGAAAUGAAGGUACCAUGAAAUGGAUAUUUAAAGAACCUAACCCAGAUGAAUGGUAUCUUCCACCACAGAUUGUGAAUGCAUAUUAUGACCCAACAACUAAUAACAUGACUUUUCUUGCUGGUAUAUUGCAGUCCCCGAUGUACAAUCCCAGAUACACAAUGGCAUUUAAUUACGGGGCUAUUGGAAUGGUGAUGGGGCACGAGCUGACCCAUGGAUUUGACACGAUAGGUGGCAUGUAUAACCAUGAGGGCGCUCUUAUACCUGGUGGUUGGUACACUGAAGAAACCACGGAAGGAUUUCUAAACGAGACAGAGUGCGUCGUUGAUUUAUACAACAGCUAUUGCAUGCCUCCAUGGACUGAUCUCGGAUGUAUUGACGGUGAAUUAACAAAAUCUGAAAACAUCGCCGAUUUGGGUGGAAUUAAACAAGCCUUUUAUGCAUAUAACAACUACUAUUUAGCCCGAAACCUUGAUGUAGGAUUAAUUCCAGGAUUUAGAAGUAAUGACGAAGUACUCUUUUUAGCAUUUUCACAGGGCUGGUGCAAUAAGUAUACAACAGAAUACUUGGAGCAAAUGUUGGUAUCAGACCCUCACUCUCCAGCUAUGUACAGGGUGAUUGGUCCGCUGAGUAACUUUGAAGAAUUUGGUUCACUAUAUGGGUGCACAACGAAUGAUGAAAUGAACAGGGAAGACAAAUGCUCAGUUUGGUGAAGACUGUCUCAACUCGACCAAUAAUUAAUUUAAAUAAUUAUUUUGACAAAAAUGAUGUAUACAAUGCAACACAUAUUUGUUUAUUAUAAUCUAGUUUUCCCAGUUUAAAUCACAAAUUGGGUUGCUAAUUGGGGAAAACAACAGAUUUAUUGAG